GGCACGCCCCCUGGUUGCCCUGGAGAUGGGGGCGGGGCCUCGGCCUCGGCCUGCCCGUCUUGUCCCCCUUCCCCCCCUCCCCGGCCGAAGGGAAGCGGCGAUGGCGGAGUUCGAGGAUUUCGAGGACCGGGCGUACAGCUGCUUCGGCAGCCGGAGGAGACCUCGAGGCGGAGGAGGAGGAGCUGGGGAUGGUCCUGGGCCUCGGCGGCAAAAGGAGCUCCCGACAGAGCCCCCAUUCACAGCAUUCGUGGGCAACCUGCCCUUCAACGCUGUCCAGGGCGACAUCGACCACAUCUUCAAGGACCUGCACGUCAGGAGCAUUAGGCUGGUGCGGGACAAGGAGACAGACAAGUUCAAAGGAUUUUGCUAUGUUGAAUUUGAUGAUGUUGAAACAUUAGAAGAAGCACUGACAUACGAUGGAGCGCUGUAUGGAGAUCGGACAUUGCGUGUGGAUAUCGCGGAAGGUCGGAGGCAGGACAGAGGAGGAUUUGGACGAGGAGGAGACAGAGGCCGAGGAGGACCCCGCUCGGGCCCACGAGGUGGCCGUGACGACGACUUUGGUGGAGGAUACCGCGACACUGACUUUGGCCGCUCUGGAGGGUUUCCCGCCAGCAGGGCUCCUGGAGACCGUCGCGGGAUGAUGAGUGGAGGGAGUGGCCGGUUCCGGGACCCUCCCCCUAGGUCGGGGGGCUCCUUCGACUUCAGAGAGCCUUCCGAUGAGGAGCGAGCCCAGCGACCCCGCCUGCAGCUGAAGCCCCGCACUGUGUCAGCUCCCCUCAACCAGGUGGCAAAUCCCAACUCCGCCAUCUUCGGGGGCGCUCGCCCCCGACAGGAGCGUGACAUCAAGUCUGAGGGGCGUGUUGGCUCCUAGUUCCAGCAACCCCCCUGCCCCCGCCCUCCCUUCCGCAUCUCUUGGGGUGGGCGGCGGGUAGG